GAGUCAUCAUCAGGAAUGUCAUACCCAGGACCAAUGUACGGGACAAUGAGCGACAACCAGGUCCAGCCAGAAGUGAGACAGUGGUUUGAAGCUGUGGACAGAGACCACAGUGGAAAAAUCUCAGCAUUAGAAUUGAAAGCAGCGCUAGCUAAUGGCCGAGGUGGAACGUUUUCUGAUACCGCUUGUAAUUUAAUGAUUGGAAUGUUUGACAAAGAAAAAACAGGAACAAUUGACUUGAACGAGUUCCAAGCUCUCUACACCUACAUAAACGCCUGGCUAGGCGUGUUCAAGGGGUACGACCGCGACAACUCUGGCAGCAUCCAAGAAAACGAGCUAUCAGCUGCGCUCACGCAGAUGGGGUACAGGUUCUCACCAGAAUUUAUCCAGUAUUUAAUAAAAAAGAGCGACUUUAAUGACCACUCCAGCAUUACAGUCGACCAGUUCAUUGUUUUAUGCGUUCAAAUCCAAAAAUUUACCGAAGCGUUCCGGGCUAAGGACAUUGACCAGACUGGAGUUAUAACAAUAGCAUUCGAAGAUUUCUUAAAUGUUGCAUUAAGUUGCAACAUUUAA